GUCGAAACAAAAUACUGUUAUAUUUAAAUUAAACAUAACGAUGAACAUUAUCGAUGAAAGAAAAGUAGAAAUAUCAAACAAAUUGAAAAAAGAACAGGCCAAUCUUUCCUUACUGCAAGAAAGGCUAACGAAAAGCGCACAAUUAACCGAAGGAAUUAGCAGUAUUUUGAACAAUUUCGAGCAAAGAUUAUCCCGAUUAGAACACACCAUUUUACCCGUCUACAUAGAAACAGAAACACUCCGAACGGCCCAAACGAAUAUCGAACCUACAUUGCGCCUACUGGAUAAUGUCAUCAGCCAUUUCGAGGUCUCCAGCGAUGUGGAGCACAUUGUAGAAAGGGGUCCCGGCGAAGGGGGUACCGAUUUACAAUCGUACAUGAACGCUCUCGAAAGGCUAUCGAAAGCUCAAAAGUACUUCGAAAAGAACAUACCUCAAAGUGUCGAGUUAAUCAAUGUUACCUCCCUUUUUCUGAAAGGCAGUGAUAAACUAAAUACGGAAUUCAAAACAAUUUUGGAUAAGUAUAAUACUCCUAUUUUGCCUGUGGUACUGCUUGAUUUGAUAAAUGCGGAAGAAUCUACAAAGGAGAUUAAAGUAAUGCCGAAGCAGAUUCCGGACGAAGCGAAAUCCAACCUAAUUCAAAUAGCCAAUUGGCUUUUAGACAACGGUCGCGAUGAAUAUUUAACAGUGUAUGGAAAAGUUAGAGGUAGCGUUGUACAGAGGUCUUUAACGAUGUUAAGAAACCAUCAGAAAUCCGUCAGCGGUGGAAGUGUACACGGUACCACCAGUUCACCUUUAAUGAAACCGAAGUUUCAUAACAGACAUGAAACGUCCAGACGCCCGUCGACUAGGAGAAUAGGUCAAGUUUUCGAAAGGAAAGCCAACAAAAUGCGACAAACUUUAGAACUAUCGACUGGCUUAUCAUUGGGUACUAGAAGGGCCUCCCAUUUAGACAUGUCUUACACCGGCGAAGAGUUGGACAACGAACAAGAAAUGGACAAUUAUCUGAUAUCGGUGAUGGCUUUGUAUAGGCUGAUGCAAUUCGAGCAAUUGCUGAUGAAAGACAUCAUCACGUCGGCGCAUCAACCGCGAGUUUUCGAAUUGAUCGUAAGGGAAGCGAUGGAUAUCAUUGUACAGGAUGGAGAAAAUAUCGUCGCUAGAGCCAAGAAAUGCAUCCAAAGACACGAUUUCGCCACCGCUUUAGUCAUAUUUCCCAUAUUCAAGCAACUGAGGAAUUUGAAGCCCGAAUUCGAAAAAACCGUGGCCGAUUACGAUUUGAACGUCAAACAGAAAUUCGAGCAGAUACUGCAAAUGCUCCAUUCCACUGGAGCCAAAGCUUUAGAAGACUUUGUGGACAGCAUUAGAUCGGAUUCUGUUACUCAAUUACCCAGUGAUGGGACUGUACACGAAAUGACCAGCAACGUUUUGAUGUUUUUGGAGCAAUUGCUCGAUUAUAUCGAUACAAUCGGAAUCGUAUUGGAAAGCGAUCAGAAUUACACCAGGCAAUUAAGUAAAUUGAAGUGUACGGAUAAGAACAAGGCUAUUUUAGGAAUAUACAUUAAGAAAGUUUUGGCUCAAUUAAAUCACACUUUGAUCAGUAAAAGCGAGCAAUACAGUGAACUAGCUUUGAAAUCGUUGUUUCGUUUAAAUAAUAACAAUUACGUGUUGAAAUCAUUGCAACGAUCGAAUUUAAUGGAUUUGUAUCUGAUUUCGGAGCCUAAUUGCCAGGAAUAUUACUACACAUCCAUUCAGGAUAACAAAAAGGCUUAUUGUCAAAGCUGGAGUAAACUUUUGAAUUAUAUAAUUUCCGACGAAACGCCAUUUAAUUUGUAUAGCGAAAAACUGAAGGAUAAAGAGCGGGCUGUAAUUAAAGAGAAGUUUGCAGGUUUUAAUAAGGAAAUAGAAGAGAUUUCCAAAGUUCAAAGAGGUUACUCGAUACCCGACAUCGAACUAAGGGAGAGCAUCAAGAGGGAUAACAAAGAAUUGAUUAUUCCGCGUUAUAAUGCAUUUUACAACAAAUUUGCGGGUGUCAAUUUCACUAAAAAUCCGGAAAAGUACAUCAAGCACAAACCAGACGAUGUAUCUACAAUAAUCGACAGGUUUUUCGAUGUAGCUGCUUAAUUAUAACAGUCAUUUAAUUAUUUAUAUUAUAAUAUAUUAUCAGUUAAUAAAAAUACAUACUUAUUCAUCCAUUUUAACAUUUAUUCAAAAAGUUCUAGAAGCAAAUAAUAAAUAAAAGUGAGA